CGCGGAGCGGCGGCGGCGGCGGCGGGGGGGAGGAGGGAGAGGAGGGCCGAGCCGGCGGCCGGGGAGGCCCGGUUUUGAAACCGCUUCUUUGCCAGAGUUCGGUCUCUCCCAGCCCUGUUUCUUUCUCGUGUGUACUUUGCGCGAGUAAGUUUGGGAGCAUCGGUUAACAGCCUAUGGGUGAUAUUUGGCUUUCGUUCGUGCAUGAGGAAUUCUUGACAGAAGUAUUUUGAAAGAAAAAUCUUUACAAUGGCCUCAGCAGUACUUAGUUCUGUUCCCACUACUGCCUCUCGUUUUGCCUUGUUGCAAGUGGAUAGUGGCAGUGGUUCUGAUUCUGAGCCUGGAAAAGGCAAAGGUCGAAAUACUGGAAAGUCUCAAACAAAUAAAUCGACUACAAAUGAGAAAAAAAGAGAGAAAAGAAGAAAAAAGAAGGAACAGCAGCAGAGUGAAGCAAAUGAGCUCAGGAAUCUUGCUUUUAAGAAAAUUCCACAGAAAUCCUCCCAUGCCAUUUGUAAUGCUCAACAUGAGCUUUCGUUAUCAAACCCAGUACAGAAGGAUUCACGAGAAGAAAAUUGGCAAGAGUGGAGACAAAGAGAUGAGCAGCUGACAUCUGAAAUGUUUGAAGCAGAUCUUGAGAAGGCAUUGUUGCUGAGUAAAUUAGAAUAUGAAGAACACAAAAAGGAAUAUGAAAAUGCUGAAAAUGCAUCGACUCAGUCAAAGGUUGUGAAUAAAAAAGACAAAAGAAAGACUCAUCAGGGAAAAGACAAACCUCUCACAAUAUCACUAAAAGAGUUUCAAUCUGAAGAUCACAUUAGUAAAAAGACUGAGGAAUUGAGUUCUUCUCAGACUUUGUCACAUGAUGGAGGAUUCUUCAAUAGACUGGAAGAUGAUGUUCAUAAAAUUCUUACUAGAGAAAAAAGAAGAGAACAGCUAACAGAAUAUAAUGGAACAGAUAAUUACACAGCUCAUGAGCACAACCAGGCAUUAGUUCUAAAAGAUGGAAGAAUUGAAAGAUUAAAGUUGGAACUUGAAAGAAAAGAUGCUGAAAUCCAGAAGCUGAAAAAUGUGAUUGCUCAGUGGGAGGCAAAGUAUAAAGAAGUAAAGGCAAGAAAUGCACAGUUAUUGAAAAUGCUUCAGGAAGGUGAAAUGAAAGAUAAAGCAGAAAUACUUCUGCAAGUUGAUGAAUCACAAAGUAUCAAGAAUGAGCUAACAAUACAGGUAACUUCACUUCAUGCUGCAUUAGAACAAGAAAGAUCUAAAGUGAAAGUGUUACAAGCAGAAUUAGCCAAAUAUCAGGGUGGCAGAAAAGGGAAAAGAAACUCUGAAUCCGACCAGUAUAGGUGAUUCCAUUAGCCUUUGAGGUCAACACAAAAGGAAAACUUUCAGGGUUUUACAAAAAUGUAUAUAUUUAAUGCUGUGCAACUGCUGAACUAUGCAGUUUUUGUUGAAGAAAUUUAAAAUGAUUAGCUCACUAACUGUAUAAUUUUAUGUCCUUUUGGCUUAAAGUGAAAAGAAGAAAAACAGAAUUCCAGCAGAACUCACUGAUUAUUGUAUACUAUUCAUACUUCUUAUCACUUUAGUUUUUCAUCAGUCAAUAAAAUUAAUUUACUCUUCCA